AUGCGGGAUGCAUCGGUACUGCACUCAGUUUGGUGCUCUGUUUCAAUUCCCAACAAGUCGUGUACACAAACAAUAAUGACACUCAAGUUUGUCAUCCUUUGUGCGACCCUGGCGAUAGUGAACGCCGGUGAUCUUCUCACCGGUCACUAUUACCAUGCACCCCAGCCCCUCGCCGCAGCGGCGCCCCUCGCAUACGCCGCCCCCAUAGCCAAAGUGGUGUCCCCAGUGGCAUAUGCCGCUCCAGCCGUCGCCAAAGUCGCAACUCCCGUCAUCACGAAGCACAUCGAUGAAGAAUACGACCCCAAUCCACAAUACAGCUACGCCUAUGACGUCCAGGACUCCAUAACCGGGGACAACAAACAACAGCACGAGAGCAGACACGGCGACGUUGUCGAGGGUAGCUACAGCUUCAUUGAAGCCGACGGCAGCCGUCGAAUCGUGGACUACACCGCCGAUCCCCACAAUGGAUUCAACGCAGUCGUUCACAAAGAACCGGCCAUUGCUAAAGCAGCACCAAUUGUCGCACACGCUCCAGUUGCCUAUGCCGCGCCGGCACUCGCCAAACCCCUGGCCUACGCUGCACCAGCCCCCUAUGCCCAUUUAAUCCACUAA